AUGUCAUCCAUGAAAGGACUGGUCCAGUUCAUCGCGGACCUGCGUAAUGCGCGGGCACGAGAAUUGGAGGAGAAGCGCGUGAAUAAGGAGUUGGCCAAUAUUCGACAGAAGUUCAAGUCUGGUAACCUGAAUGGCUACCAGAAGAAGAAAUACGUUUGCAAGCUGCUUUAUGUCUACAUCCAGGGUUACGAUGUCGACUUCGGCCACUUGGAAGCCGUCAAUCUCAUUUCCUCCACUAAGUACUCCGAGAAGCAGAUCGGAUAUCUCGCCGUCACCCUUUUCUUACAUGAAGAGCAUGAACUGCUUCAUCUGGUCGUCAACAGUAUUCGGAAAGACUUGAUGGAUAACAGUGAGCUGAAUAUUUGUUUGGCAUUGCAUGCGGUCGCCAACGUCGGUGGUCGGGAGCUUGGAGAGGCUCUGGGAGCUGAAGUCCACCGACUUUUGAUCUCACCGACUUCGAAGGCAUUUGUUAAGAAGAAGGCCGCCCUCACGUUGCUUCGCCUGUACCGUAAAUACCCCGGCAUUGUUCGAAAUGAAUGGGCCGAAAGAAUUAUUUCGAUCAUGGAUGAUCCCGACAUGGGUGUCACGCUAUCUGUCACAUCCCUAGUCAUGGCACUGGCUCAGGAUAUGCCCGAGGAGUACAAAGGAAGUUACGUGAAGGCUGCACAGCGCUUGAAGCGGAUUGUGGUCGACAACGAUAUUGCGCCAGACUACCUUUACUACCGUGUUCCAUGUCCAUGGAUUCAAGUUAAGAUGCUGCGUUUGUUGCAGUAUUAUCCCCCAUCAGAGGAUAGCCAUGUUCGCGAGAUCAUCCGCGAGUCACUUAGACAGAUCAUGCAAGCUGCCAUGGAGACCCCCAAGAACGUACAGCAGAACAAUGCGCAAAAUGCAAUCCUCUUCGAAGCCAUUAACCUCCUUAUUCAUCUCGACUCUGAACAUACCCUGAUGAUGCAGAUCUCCGCUCGCCUCGGCAAAUACAUACAAUCUCGUGAAACCAACGUCCGAUACCUCGGCCUGGAUGCCAUGACACAUUUCGCUGCACGAGCGGAAACCCUUGAUCCGAUCAAGAAACACCAAAACAUAAUUCUGGGUUCUCUUCGAGACCGUGAUAUUAGUGUCCGCCGCAAGGGACUGGAUCUGCUGUACAGCAUGUGUGAUACCACUAAUGCAGGUCCUAUCGUGAAUGAGCUUCUGCGUUAUCUUCAGACCGCUGAUUACGCCAUUCGAGAGGAGAUGGUUUUGAAGGUUGCGAUUCUUACCGAGAAAUAUGCGACGGAUGCUCAAUGGUACAUUGACAUGACUCUGAAGCUUUUGUCACUUGCAGGCGAUCACGUCAAUGAAGAAGUCUGGCAACGAGUCAUUCAGAUUGUGACCAACAACGAAGAACUACAGGCUUAUGCGUCCCACACUCUCCUCGGAUAUCUCAAGACCGACUGUCACGAGAGCCUCGUCAAGAUUGGCUGUUACGUCCUUGGCGAGUUCGGUCAUCUCAUCGCUGAAAAUCCUGGAUCAAGUCCCAUUGAGCAAUUCUUGGCCUUGCAGGCGAAGAUGUUCAGUGGCUCUGACAAUGCAAGGGCCAUGAUUCUCUCGUCAUUUGUCAAAUUUGUCAACCUGUUCCCCGAAAUUAAGCCACAGCUGCUCCAGAUCUUCCGUCUAUACAGCCACUCUCCUGAUUCUGAAUUGCAACAGCGAGCCUUUGAGUAUCUGUCCCUCGCGACACUUCCAACGGACGAUCUGCUGCGAACUGUCUGCGAUGAAAUGCCGCCAUUCUCGGAGCGCACUUCCAUCUUGCUGUCCCGUCUCCACCAGAAGACAGCUGGGACCAGCGAGCGGAAGACAUGGGUGGUUGGCGGCAAAGAUGCUAAUGCAGACAAGAAGGAAGUGCUCAUGGCACAAACCACUGGUCUCAAGCGUUCCUUCACUACUAUUGUCAAUGGUACUCGGACUGGAUCCAAUGGCAAUACCCCAACAAGCGCAACGAGUGCAUCUGGCGAUCUUGCAGGUCUUGAUCUCAGCGGACCGCCGGCUCCUGCUCCAAACAUGGCUAGUGCGGCCCAUCUGACACCAGACUGGGAUGUUGGAUACAACAGAUUGUACUUCUCUGAAGAGGGCGUAUUAUUCCAAGACGCUCAGAUUCAGGUUGGGUUACGGUCGGAAUACCGUGGCCAUAUGGGUGUCGUCAAACUCUACAUCUCCAACAAAUCCUCAUAUUCUAUCGGAUCAUUGACUACGACUAUUGAUAAUCCCGCCAACCCCAACCUCAAAAUCGACAGCAAAAACCUUCCCGAUUCUAGCGUUGCUGCCGCCGGACAGACCCAGCAGACAUUCUUUUGCGCAUCCCAUGGGCCUUUCUCCGAUGCCCCAACCAUUCGUAUUUCUUACCUGGCUGGUGCGCUGCAAGCAUACACCCUCCAGCUACCUAUUCUGAUGCACCGGUACAUGGAACCGUCGUCUCUUUCCGCAGAAGACUUCUUCAAGCGCUGGAGGCAGAUCAAUGGCGGACCUCUGGAGUCUCAGAAGACGUUCGGGUUGAGUGGAAAGAACAAGACUAUCACAGAGGCAUAUACUCGAGAGACUGUGGAAGGCUUUGGAUGGAAGAUCCUGGAUGGCGUGGACCCGAACCCCAAGAAUAUCGUGGGCUGCGCCGUGUACCAGUUUGAAGUAGGCAAGACAGGAUGUCUGUUGCGCCUGGAGCCCAACUACGAGAAGUCGAUGUACCGAGUGACAAUUCGUGCCACUCAAGAGGGUGUUCCACAGGCACUUUCUCGACAGAUGGAGCAGAAAUUGGGACAAGGGCUCAAAAAUGAUGGCUCGUCUUAUUAG